GACUCGUAAGCCAAGAGGCGGGGCUCUGCGUCGCGGCGGGCCGUCGCCGGAGCAUGGCGACCGCGGAUUCCAGCGGGCCCGGGGUACGGACGUCUACCCCGGGACCUCGGCCCGGCGGGACCCCGGACUGCGCAGCGGGAGCUGCGGGGCUGCCCUUCGGGCGAAGCGGCAGUGGAGUCCCCCUUUUGGGGGAGCGGCCCCCGGCGGUUGUGGAGAAGAGGGGACCGUACAUGGUGACGCGCGCGCCUUCCAUUCAGGCCAAGCUGCAGAAGCACCGGGACCUGGCCAAGGCUGUUCUGCGGAGAAAAGGCAUGCUGGGGGCCUCGCCGAACCGCCCCGACUCUUCAGCGAAAAGGUCAGUGAAGUUUAACAAGGGCUAUACUGCCCUUAGUCAGAGUCCAGAUGAAAACCUGGUGUCCCUCGACUCUGACAGUGAUGGGGAGCUGGAAUCCAGAUACUCCUCCGGGUAUUCCUCUGCAGAGCAGGUGAACCAGGAUGUGAGCCGGCAGCUGCUCCAGGAUGGGUAUCACCUGGAUGAGAUUCCAGAUGAUGAGGACUUGGACCUCAUUCCUCCCAAGCCUAUGGCCUCUUCAACGUGCUCCUGCUGCUGGUGCUGUCUUGGGGACUCUUCCUCCUGUACCCUCCAGUAGACAUAACCCCCUAAGAUGGGCCCUGCUCACCAUGCCUGCAGAGCGCUGUUGGCCCUUCUUAGGUCACAGAGUGCAGUGAGGACUGCUGUGAGCCCCAGAAUCACUGGCGGCACUGACUCUCUCGGAAGGUCAAUGACCUGCAGUUAUGCCUUACCUGGUGCUUCUCAGGCCAGAGGCCCCCAUCUGGGCCAUAGGGUGACAGGUAGAAUUCUGCAGUUUUCCUCUGCUAUUAGAGCAGAGUUUGGAAAAACCACUUUAAUAAGGGCAGGAAGAGAGGAAUCCUGAUGCUUGUGGUGACAGAGUUGGCUAAGGAAAUCUUGCAGACAUCUUGACUGGUAUUUGUCCUGCUCAAUGGAGGGAGAAAGAGCUUUUGUGCCCAGGCUGUGCUGGACGGUGUUGUAUGGAAGCAGAAAAUAGCACUUUAUGGCUCGCAGCUGGGAGUCUUUGGAAACUAGCUGAACUAUUUGGGACCAGUUUAAGAAAUUCCAUAAUGCUCCGUCUUCCUGGCUCUACAAUGGGACCCUCAAGAAUGCAUAAAGCAAGGCCCUUUGGCUCUCUUCCCCUUGCACCUGUUUGGCCCUGGCAGGGAAUACAGCCCGCUGCUUGAUGGCACAGCAGGAUCAAGGCUUCCAGAAUCCCUGGACCCAGAACAUCCCCAACUGGCUCAAACUGGGUGGGUUUAGUGACUGUGGUCAGCCCACUCCUAGUUAGAGAAAAAUUGCUCCACUAUGUACAUAUUUAUUUAUUUGUCUUUCCUUGGUUACCAUUCCUUGUCUUGGUCUUAGCUAGUUCAACACCCAGUCUUUGAGUGUAAAGGUUGGGUGAAGGGACUGGAGUUCGCCCCAGAAGCCUGCAGGUUUGGGUGACCAGCAGAGGGAGCUGCAGGGAGCGGUCAGGUGCCUUCCUAUUUAGCUUUUGAAACUUGAGAAUAGCGAUAGGUGAGAAGUGUAUGGCACAGCGGUGUGGGCUGUACAUCCUACAUGUCAGGAUGCCAGCAUGGGGAGGAGGGACGUGUGCCAGCUCCCAGGGUCCCUGCCUGAGGAGAUAAUCGCCCACUGCAGAGGGCUUCUCUUCACUCCAGCAUGGGCCUCCCCACAGAUACUGAGGAUUGGGCUUUACGGUAAACCUGUGGGGCAGCCCAGCCUCAGCCCUCAGUGUGAACACAGCUGAGACAGGCAUCAUCUCCCCAGGGACCAUGCUAGUUCACCCCACCCCCGAUGGUAUCUUGCUCUUCAGUCCUCUCUAGAAUUGUUUUCAGUGGUUCCUUUUUUUGGCCUCACCUAGAGCCGUGGCGAGGACUGGAGGAGUGUGGACACGGUUCCCAGCCUAAGGGGCGUGGUAGUUAGGAUUGGGGUGUGGGCCCCACAUGGGAAGUGCCUGAUCUGGUGAUUUAUUUGAUGUCCUGUGGCCUCUAGAGGAAUGAGGGAUCACAUGGACUCUUGUUUUACCCAGUGAGGUGACUGGAGGGCUGAGAAGGUCAGUUAAAAAGACCUUGUCAGAUGACGAGGGUAAUCUGUCAGUGCUUGAUUGGCCUCUGUCUUGGUGCUGCUGUCAAAUCUAAAAGUUAAGAAUAUAUGGCACCCAGGGGGCUGUGGUUAACAUUUUAGAAUUUAGCAGCAUCACAGAAGGGAGACGGGACAGAGGCCAUGGGCACCUCAGGUUGGGGUCUGGGGAAAUCAGGGAUGCAGACUGUUCCAGGAGUGGGACUGCAGUGCCACACGGGUGCCUCACCUGCCGAGCACUUGGUGCCCAUGCCUGCAGGCAGGGAAGACAGAAGAACAUCUUCAUCCCGAACCCCUCGCCCCUCCAGAGAGACUAUUUUCAGGCCUUUCUGGUUUCUGCAGAGGUGCCGAAGUGCUCACGAAGAGAGGGCACAGAUGCGGGGCAGUGUAGAGAGACGGUGGUGGUAGCAGGAAGCCGCGUGGGGCCACGUUAUGUGUGGGGGAAUUGGACAGGACAGAACAGCCUGAGCAUUUAGCAGCAGCCGUGGGUGAAGGUGGCAGCAGGACCCCAAGACCGAGGCCCCCAGAUGGUUGUUACUUUAAGUAAACACUGAUCCUGGAGAGGAUGUUCCAGAACUGGCUGACUCCGUGCGGAAGGCAUUAUCUUUAUGGGGAAAUUUGGAGGAACAGGGCAGCUAGGCAGGGUAGGAAUGGUCUGUUGUUUGGGGCGAGAGGUCCCAGGCUAAAAUGUCACCAGUAAAGGCAUCAAGGUGCCUAGGGCCGAAGUGCCUUAAUUCAGAGUGCUAGGUAUUCUGCAGGUGACAGUGUCCUGGGGAGAGAGUUAACCUCACAGAGGGGAGUAUGUGUAUGGUGUUUACAGAGUACAGAACUCUUGGCUUAGGCUUCUACAGCUCUGGAAGUUUCUAAGAAUAAAUACAAUCAUGCUAGUU